GGUACUUGCUGGAGCAGCGAGACGUGGAGGUACUAUGCCUGCCUGUGUGGGCACGAGGAGCUGGUACUCUAUCUUCUGGCCAAUGGUGAGGAUGGAAUGGGUCCGACCGGGUGUUGUAUGUGUGCUCUGUGAGCUCAGAGACCUUCACACACAUUUGCAGACACCUCGAGCCCCCCUUAACACCCCACAUCCAGUCAGCAAGCACGCCUCUCUCCACUUUCAAGCCUGUGCUCUCGCCUGUCCAUUUCCCCGUCCCCGUGCUGCCACCCAGGUCAGCACUGGGCCCCUUCCUGGACCUGUGUCACUAUGGGCAGUAGAAUUGCGGGCUUCCUCUCUGGUCUCCCAGCUCCUCUCUUGCCCCACCUGCAGUCCAUUCUCCAUACUGCAGCCAGGUGAUGGGUUUAAAUGUUCCAUUAAGGGUAGAUCUGAACCAUUUAGCCUGUGAGGCUCCACGGGAUUCCCCCUUCGUCCUCUGGCCACUUCUCCCUGGGCUUUCCACUCUGGCCUCAGGUGCUGCACUAAGCCAAGCCAGCCCCUGCCUUUGCACACCGCCUAAGCCGCCUCUCCCAGAUCUCGGACCCGGCUCACUUCCUCACUUCACGCGGGUCCCUGCCCCUCCUCUUCACCAGCGUGACCUUCCAUGGCCUCCCUAUGUGGCAGCCACCAGCACUGUCACCCUUCAUCCUUAUCACAAUGGCUGCGUCAUGUCACUUGUUAUCCUGCUUGGUGUCCUUGUGCCCUGUCAGUCAGUUCAGUGGGGGAGGGACUUGCCAGUUUUGUGGAUGGCUGCGUCGGAGUCUGCGCUGAAUUGUGCGUAGUGGAUCGUAUGUGAGUGAAUAUGUGCCCGUGUGAGUGCACACGCAGUGCUGUGCCCUGGCUUUGACGGCGCACGCUGGGGUCCGAGUGGGCCCAGGGGAAUGUGGGCCCUACCCGUGGGGAGCUGGGGCAGAGGGGCAGGCGAUGAGGUUUCUCCCAGGCUCACCCGCAGCCCAGGGCCCCCCUGACUGCUGAGCCCUGCCGCCCCAGGAGCCCGUUGCGAGGCCAACACCUUUGACGGCGAGCGCUGCCUCUACGGGGCGCUGAGCGAUCCCAUCCGCCGGGCCCUGCGCGACUACAAGCAGGUCACCGCCUCCUGCAGGAGACGGGAUUACUACGACGACUUCUUGCAGCGGCUUCUGGAACAGGGCAUCCACAGCGACGUGGUCUUCGUCGUGCACGGAAAGCCAUUCCGGGCACAUCGCUGCGUUUUGGGUGCACGCAGCACCUACUUCGCCAACAUGCUGGACACCAAGUGGAAGGGCAAGAGCGUCGUGGUUCUCAGGCACCCCCUGAUCAAUCCCCUGGCCUUUGGGGCCCUGCUGCAGUACCUGUACACAGGUCGCCUAGACAUUGGCGUGGAGCAUGUCAGCGACUGUGAGCGCCUGGCCAAGCAGUGCCAGCUGUGGGACCUGCUGGGCGACUUGGAAGCAAAGUGUGAGAAGGUGUCGGAGUUCGUGGCUUCCAAGCCAGGCACAUGUGUGAAGGUGCUGACCAUUGAGCCCCCUCCAGCCGACCCCCGGCUCCGGGCAGACAUGGCGUUGCUGGCCGACUGUGCCCUGCCCCCUGAGCUGCGAGGUGACCUCGGAGAACUGCCCUUCCCUUGCCCUGACAGCUUCAACAGCUGCCCUGAUGUCUGCUUCCAAGUGGCCGGCUGCAGCUUUCUCUGCCACAAGGCCUUCUUCUGCGGCCGCAGUGACUACUUCCGGGCCCUGCUGGACGACCACUUCCGAGAGAACGAGGAGCCUGCGGCUUCUGGGGGGCCCCCAGCUGUCACCCUGCAGGGCAUCUCGCCUGACAUCUUCACCCACGUCCUGUACUACAUGUACAGUGACCACACUGAGCUGCCACCCGAGACGGCCUAUGAUGUGUUGAGUGUGGCUGACAUGUACCUGCUGCCUGGCCUGAAGAGGCUGUGUGGCCGCAGCCUGGCCCAGCUGUUGGACGAGGACAGCGUGGUGGGUGUGUGGCGCGUGGCCAAGCUGUUCCGCCUGGCACGGCUUGAGGACCAGUGCACUGAGUACAUGGCCAAGGUCAUCGAGAAGCUGGUGGAGCGGGAGGACUUUGUGGACGCCGUGAGGGAGGAGGCAGCAGCAGUGGCGGCCCGGCAGGAGACCGACUCCAUCCCUCUGGUGGACGACAUCCGCUUCCACGUGGCUAGCACGGUGCAGACCUACAGCGCCAUUGAGGAGGCACAGCAGCGUCUGCGGGCUCUUGAGGACCUGCUUGUGUCUAUUGGCUUGGACUGUUGAGCCCUUGCUGCUCCUGGCAGCCCUGAGGCCAGGGGUUCUCUUGGGGACACACGUGUGUGUGCAUCUGUUUUCUUGCUCCUUGCACACUUGAGGGCAUCACAGGGGGCAGAGGGGCCUCAAUGGGGCUCCCUCCCACAACCCUGAGGACUUCGAGGGUCUCCUUGGGAUGAGCCUCCUCCCCCAAUACACAACCCAGGGCUGGGCACCACUCAGGGAAACCUGGGGGAGCCUGGGACUCAGCACCCCUCAAUACCCACCCCACCCACCCAGUCCUGGUCCUGGGUGGCUUGCUUCAGCCACUUGUGGACAGGGCUGGGGGGAAGGGCCAUGGAGUCUGGUAAUAAAGCUUGAAUUCGCUGUGGGGGUUUGAGCCUGUGUUGGGGUGCAGCUUGAGGAUGGCAGUGAGCAGGAGCUGGUGAGGAACGGAGGGCUCUAGAGUGGGGGGCUUAGGUAUCUCACCAGCAUGCUCUGCAAAGGCUGGCCCAGAGGCUCGAAGGUCAGUCCACUAACCCCAGCCAGGCCUGGCUGCCUCAACUUCUGGCCCCUGCUACCCAUUUUCCUCAGCCUGGGUCCCUCCUCCCCAGGGAGGCUCUUGUGGCCUUCCCAUAGGGUCUGUGACAUUAGUGGAAGUCUGGGGCCUUCUCAGGACGCCCUCCAGGCCUCUGGACCAUAGCCCCUUGUGUUCACCCUCCCUGCCGGCCUCCCUGGCUUGGUCUGCUAGCAACAGUCAUUUCACACCUGUCCCGCCCUUUCGCUCUUGUUCUCCUCUCCCCCAGUGCAUUUUCGUUCUUUGCUUUUGCUGGUCAGUCUAGGGGGAGGAGCUAUAAGAUCCACAGUGACCAGUUGGGACAAUUUCCUGGCAGUCGGGGUGAGAGUGGUGAGUACAUUGGGGAGGUGCCCUGGGAGCCUGCAGCCACCAGAGUUGGAGGUGGUACACAGGGGCCUUACAGCCAAUCCCAUCUGCAGCCAGAGGCCACUUCCCGCUGAGGUUCUGCCCUUCUGCCUUCCACUGCCUGGUUACUGCCUUGCCUGUUUGCCUGCCAGUGAUAGGAGCUCAGUCCUGUCCUGGAGCACUGAGAGGGGUCUAGCACAACACCUGGCCUAAGUGAGCCUGGGGCACCCUGUGGGAGCCAGCAGAGCAAGGGUGGGGCAGGAUAGGCCACUUGCAUUUUAGAAACCACUGGUGGCAACAAGUUCCCCGUCAGACCACACUGGCCCUGGAUGUGCCAGGUGUGGAAGAGACUUUUAACCUCUAGGGAAAGGCCUUAAGUUACUAUGCGUUACCGUGCACUUCUCUCGAUGGGCAUCAGUGGGAGCAAGCAGUACACCGAGCUGCCUUAUUUAUAGAUGUUAUUUGAAAUCAA